UUCGUCAAGGUCGGGAGACAGCUCCACUCUGACACAGUGUUACGACUCAGGGUCGUAUCAACUCACUGAGAGAAGUGAAAUAUUGCUUUGUUAUUAAAUUCUGAAUAAGCUCAUACAUUUACUGAAUUUGAAUGUUUUAGAGCUGUGUAUCCUGAAUCACUGGACACUUAAAUAUUGUAUUCUUCUGAUAAAUAUAUAUAGCAGGGCAAAUUUAUUCUUCUUACGAUCAGUGCAACGCGAAAUGUUAACAAUAAAAUGGGUUCCGGUAGUGAACCACGUUAACCUACGCUGCUGUACAUGCUCGUUGCGAACUGCGACAUUGCUCAUUGCAUGGAUGGGAUUGAUGGUGAUGACAAUUCAAGUUAUGGACGCUGCGUGUCGAUUGUAUUAUUAUAGAGAAGAUAUUGCUUACGCAAUUGUGAAAGAAGAAAUUAUUGAAGUAGCAGAACUUGAUGCAAUAAAUUCAGAUGACAACAACCAGUUUGGAGGAAAUCGCAGUGUUGUUAGUCAAGACAAGAGAUCCCUUGAUGAAGGAAGCAAUAAAGAAGACAAGGGAGUUGUUAGUGAUCAUAACGACAAAUCAGCUUAUGCAUUUUUAACAGUAAGCCGAGAAGCUCUGGCUGGAAGAUUGUUCUGUGGUCUUUUGCUCGUGCUGGUUUAUGGAAGUCUUCUGUUUGGCGCAUGGACGGAGAAAUCUCUGUUCAUAUUGCCGUACGUGUUAGUAGGAUUCUGUGGCAUCGUUAUCCUUGCCAUAAGUGUCGUCGUGGGUGGCGUUAUAAUGAUCUAUAAAUCUCCAUACGAGGGAUUUUUGAGUCUGUUAUUUGGCGUACCAAUUACACUGUUGUUGGCCUAUCUGUGGGCUGCUGUUUAUACCUACUACAGAGAGCUUACAGAGGGGGGUGUAGCUCAGAGGGAUACGCAACUUGAAAAUUUAACUUAUAUGAAGUCCGAGCCGGAGGAAGAAGAAAUUAUAAAUCCAGAAGAAAUUCAGAAAGCUUAUGAAACAAUAGAAUACAAUAUCCAACAGAAGCAGCCAUACGCUGUUUAAAAUAUGUGUAAUGAAAAUGCGACUAGUGCAUUAAAUGCAUUGCUCAGCGAUUAUCUCCACGUUGUAAAAUAAUAGGACUACUGAACAUUUUUCCUGUUAUUUUCAACUAAUCUCUGCCAGGUGCCCUUCUGGGUCUCAGAACACAGUCUUACUGAUAUAAACUAAAACUGAUUGAGCUUUUCCUUCUGUCGAAAUUCCGAAUUUCUCUAUUACAUUGAGACAGGAAAAAUAUGAAGCACUUUAGAGAAUGAAUUUUCAAACAAUCCUAUUAAGCACUUAUACGAAAGUGUGAGUCUUCAAAUUCAAAAAAAUCUGUUUUGUACAAAAGUUAUUUAUUAGUCUGGUGGUGAGAGAAUUGAAUUUGUAUUAAUUUGUAUUUUCUACUUAAAUCAGGAUUACUGUUUUGCAAAAUACACACAUCACUCUUUCUUUAAAUUUAUAAAAGAGGAACAUGUCUCUAUCGCUAAAAGAAUAAAAGUGUAUAAAUAUUUCUAUAAAGUGUAAUGCAAUUUGAUUUUUACAUUUCUAAACGUUUUGCUUUGUUAGUAGAACCGUGCUCAUUUUUUGUCACGUAUAUUUUGAAUAUACGAAAAUUGAUAUACAUGUUUGUGGAUUCUCGAGCAAUUUGCAGUUAUCUCGGGUUCUUUGUAUCUUAUAAGAUAUUAUCUUCUUUCGACCUUAUAGGUUCAUUAAAAAGAUAAUUAAACUUACAUGAACUUAAUACUGCAUAAGGAACAUAGACUUAUGUGCAUAAAUAAUUCUACAAAAAGAAAAAUAUUUAUAAUAAUUUCUUCUGAGGAUUCUCGUAUUAUCAUAAUGUAUUCUGCACUUCUGUUCAAAAUAUUCGCAGUUAUUAAUUGCAUUUAAUAAGUUUUAAUAACCACUUUUCUACCCCACAACACUACGAUUGUGGAAACAAUAUAUUAAUAUGGUGUACUGUUAUUUGUCAUAUUAUUGUGUGUUUUUGUCGAAGGCCAUUCUAGGAGUUUUCUUUAUAAAGUAUAAUAAACGUAUUUCAUAUGUCCUCAGUGAAGAAGCCAACCGUGGGGCUUUAUGUGUCGGCAGGUCACGGGUUUGAAUGUCGCGUAUGGAACGAAUGUAUCAGUGUGUACUCUUUCCACCAUCAAAAUAAAUUUAGCUUGUUAUCUCUAAGAGUUUAGUCAUAGGGAUAACUUCGAUGCAGGUAUAAAUAGAGAUGCAUAAACCAUAGACUUUAAAUCUGCAAAUGCAUGUGUAUUAUCUUGCAUUGCGUUUAUGAAAAUGUUUAAAUAUAAAAACAGAGAUGAUAAUUACCAAUUAAUUCUUAAGGAAAUAGAGUCAAAACAUUUUUCAGCUAAAGUUUAAUAUUGUUUAGUCUUGAAAUGAGAAGUUCAGGCAAAUAGUUGCCCAAAAUACACAGAAUUCUCUUUUUCAGAAAAUGGCUUAUUCUGCGAAGCAUACGUUAGACACUUAAUUAGAGCAAUUCAAUAUUUAGCUCUUACUAAUAAAAAUUUCUUUGUGUUGCCUGUGACAGUCGUGAAUUAUUUCUGUUGGAUUGACAGUUUUUAGAUUGCUCUAAACUAUAGCUACUUUAUGGAAAACCGGUCUUAUAGAAAAAUGACUCAUUUUCUUGUGAAGUAGCUCAUGUCGUAUUAGGUGAAUGUACUAGCAUACACACAAUAAAAAUUUAAUUUCUGACGGUAUGAACAACUUACGGGGAACGUAUGUAGUGUACGAGAUCAGCAGGUAAUUGAUAAACAACGAUUACACUCCUCUUUAAUUUUUAAUUGAUUUUCCUUCUUAAUUAUUCAUAAGGAUGUGUCUUCUAUCCUCAAAAUAUUUCUCAGCAGAAAAAAUUGAACAUCGAUUGAAGGAAAGUUUACUCCAUUAUUUUAAAAUUCCUAAAGCGAUAUUUAUUUUGUAUUUAUAAACAAAUAUCUACGUUAUUGUUAUAGAUGUAAAAUAAGUAUAAUGACACAUAACCAAAAAAUGUUAAGACUACAUUUAACUUUUUAAAAAUAGAAACAUUCUUGUAUACUAAAAAUGUAAUUUAUUCAAAACAACUUAGUAUUUUUUCAUUUAGAAAAGUGUUAAAUGAUAUAUUUUACAUAGAUGAUUUUAUAUCAGCUUUUAGCAGAGAAAAGUGAGAAAUGUUGCUUCGUAACGAUUGGGGGAUUCACAGUCAAAUUUUUGUCGAGGUAUCGCGUGAAACAAAGAUUUUUUAUGAUAAGGGACGGUUAAAGACAGACUUUUAUUUAUAUGCACCGAAGAUGUGAUCUCUGUCGUUAUAGUUGCUAGACUUUAGAAAUGUUUUGUAAAAUGUAAUUUAAAAAUGUGUUCUCAUGAGUCAAAACCAGUGUGUGCUGUAUUAGUGUAGUGUUCUCUGUAAUUUAAUGUUCUGUAACAUGAACUCACAUGUAAGUAAUUUUUGUGUCGUCACCUAAAUCUUUGUGAACCUACGUUGGUUCAAAUUACAAUUAAAUUAUGCUAAGAGACUUCUUAGUAAUAAAGAACUUAAUACGCAUUCAUUAUAUUAGGCAUAUUAGGUAGAUAUUAUAAUUAUACAAAUUAAUGGAGUAUACACUUUCUGAUAUAAAUAAUGCAGUUCCUUAUAUCUUUCUUGUAAUGGAGUGUGGCUAAUGCGUAUGGAAUUUAUUCCAUCCUUCUUCACGAUGUUAGAUCAGUAGAAGUGUAUAUUCAUUCUGGCACCAUUCUGUGGCCAGGUAAAGCUAAAUAUUAUGUGUAUUACAUGUGAUAAUUACAAUAAAGAAAACCUGGAGUCAGUGUUAGAUA